AUGAGGAGAUUUUUCAGAAAGUUUGCCGUUGGAAAAGUCAUUACACUUGGGUUAGGCAGUUGUGAUAGUGUGAAGGAUGUGAUGGAGAAAAUUGAAGAUAUGGAAGGCAUCCCUUGUGUUCUUCAAAAAUUGAUGUUUUGUGGGAAGCAAUUGCACAAUACAUAUCGUAAACUUGUUGAUCACGACAUUAUGGGUGGCUCAGCCCUUGAGCUUUCACUUAGCAUUAUUUUUGUUAAGGAGUUAAACGGUCUGCUUUCUCUUCUCCAAGUGGGCAGCUCAAACACCCUUGGCAUUGUUAAGAUUAGGGUUAGCAGAGAAGCAGAGUUUGAUCCUGGCAGUAUGCAGAUAACGUAUCCUACGGACCUUCGUUAUGAUGAUCUUUCAACUCUGUUGUAA